CGCUAUCAUACCAUAACCGCAACACCCCAGAUUUAGGAGCUGUCACACCACGAAAUGGGUUUGGAAGUGAUAUACGUUUGCAGGCAUGGCUUCCGCAUGAACUGGGUCGUGAACCCAGAUACGGGCGAAUACAAGUCGAGCGCCGUCUCCAAGACACCCACCGGUAUCCCGUCAGACCCCGCGCUGGCCGCGUAUGGCGAACAACAGGCGGCAGAACUCGCGGGAGAGAUCAUGACGCUUGACCCCCCGGUCGACUUGAUGUACUCGAGCCCGUUCUACAGAUGUCUGCAGACACUGAAGCCGACCGUGGAGAAACUGAACGCUGAGGGAAAGAGUGGAAAGAUACGGGUUGAGAAUGGCCUCGGCGAGUUCUACGGCCUCGCCCGCUUCGACCACCCCUCUCCGGCGCCCCUCGAGGAAUUGCACACCCACUUCCCUGGCAAGCUAGAUGCUUCAUACGCGCCGCUCCUGAUCCCCUCCAACAACGGCGAGUCGAUUCCCGACCUGCACGACCGCAUCGCGUACACGCUGCACCGGAUGAUCGAGGCCUGCGACGCGGACCCGAACGGCCCCAAGUCGCUGCUGAUCUGCACGCACGCGGCGAGCAUGAUCGCAAUCGGGCGCGCGCUGACGGGGCGCAUGCCACCGGACGAGGGCGAGGAGGACUUCAAGUGCUUCACGUGCGCGCUGAGCCGUUUCGAGCGCCGCACUGGCGACAGGCGCACCACGGAGAAGGUCGAGGUCGAGGACUGGGAUUACAGCAAACCGCAUGACAUUCCGCGCGUUGAUUGGCGCAAGGGCAAGGGCGUCGGAGGCGGCUGGGAUUGCACUGUCAACGGGAACUGCAACUUCCUUACCAACGGCGAGGAGAGAGGAUGGAAAUUCUCCGGCGAUGAGGCUUUCUUGACUGAUCCUAAUGCCUUCAACGACAAGCUCAACACGGGCGUGCCUAUUCCGUCGACGAGCUCGGGCGCAGAUCACUCGAGCGCAGAUCCUUCGAAAUUGUAAAGCAUGUCCAGCAGUUCGGAGGUUGGACCACUAGGAGUACAGAGGAAUGGGGACGGAAGAUCGUGGGUGGCAGAAAUUGGAGCAACAGAAUUUGCACCUGUGAUACCUUGACUAAACCGUAGAAUUAUAGACCUGGAUGGCGUAGAGGAAACAUCCAACUCACUCGAUAGCCAACAAGCGCUGGAUCGACUGUGCAUGUACAUAUAUAUCUUGAAAGUUCAGCAGCCAUGUGUCGAUCUGCAUCGUGGGUGCAGCUAUCAGUAGGAGGAUGGACAAAGCACGACUGCCGGUAAUUUGCACAGUGAUGGACAGUAGGCGACGAUUAGAUGGGCAUCG